GUCUAGUUGUUCUGGCAUGAAUAAAGCAAAGUAUCCAAAUUCUCCCAUUCGUUAAGCGUCGCACAUGCAUAUUUACAGUGGAGAAGCGCACUGUCAGUCACGCGCGCUGCGUGGGGCGGUCUCUGUUGAGAUAUGUCUGAAUAUGUCAAGCAUCACUUCAGCUGCCGCACGCACUCCAUCUGCUCCAGUGAUGUUACGAGGGAAGUUUCAUACAUGCUUCUUAGCUUUAUAAGAUUAUGAGGGAUCGCAAAAGUGCUUUCAGUGCGAUUGGCGCGCGCAACGAGUCCACGCUGUAUUGGAGUGGAUGAAGAAGAGCCGGAGCGCUGUCCGGGGUGCUGAAGUCCAGAAUCCAGAGGUCCUGAAGAGAGAACAAGCGUUCACAGAGGAGUGCAUGUCUACCCAACUGAAGUCUUGAGAUGACUCGGGAAAGGUUGCGUUCUGUGGCUGUCUGGGGAUUCAUUGCGUGGGAAACAGGAAUUUUGCUAAGUUUGGUAGCAUCCAAAGAACCAGAAAACCCUCGAGGAAGAUCAACACCAAUGUCACCCUCUGACUUCCUUGACAAGCUUAUGGGAAGAACCUCAGGUUAUGAUGCCAGAAUUAGGCCCAAUUUUAAAGGUCCACCUGUGAAUGUAUCAUGCAACAUAUUUAUUAACAGUUUUGGCUCCAUUGCCGAGACAACUAUGGAUUACAGAGUGAACAUCUUUCUCCGACAGCAGUGGAACGACCCUCGGUUGGCUUACAGCGAGUACCCGGAUGACUCCCUAGACCUGGAUCCCUCUAUGUUAGAUUCCAUUUGGAAGCCCGAUCUGUUUUUCGCCAACGAAAAGGGGGCGCACUUCCAUGAUGUCACUACUGACAACAAACUCCUAAGAAUAUUUAAAAAUGGAAACGUCCUUUAUUCCAUCAGGUUGACUCUGACGCUCUCGUGUCCGAUGGAUCUGAAGAAUUUCCCCAUGGAUGUGCAGACGUGCAUAAUGCAGCUGGAGAGUUUUGGUUACACAAUGAAUGACCUGAUCUUUGAAUGGCAAGCGAAGGGACCUGUGCAGGUGGCUGACGGACUGACCCUACCUCAGUUCAUCCUCAAAGACGAGUCUGAUUUAAGAUACUGCACCAAACACUACAACACAGGCAAGUUUACAUGCAUUGAGGUGCGAUUUCACCUGGAGAGACAGAUGGGAUACUACCUGAUCCAGAUGUACAUUCCCAGUCUGCUCAUCGUCAUCCUCUCCUGGGUCUCCUUUUGGAUCAACAUGGAUGCCGCUCCUGCCCGUGUUGCCCUAGGCAUCACCACGGUACUCACCAUGACAACCCAGAGCUCUGGAUCCAGGACAUCUUUACCUAAGGUAUCUUAUGUGAAGGCUAUUGACAUCUGGAUGGCUGUGUGUUUACUCUUUGUCUUCUCUGCCCUGCUGGAGUACGCCGCAGUCAACUUUGUGUCACGGCAACACAAGGAACUCUUGCGUUUCAAGAAGAGAAGGAAGAAGUCUGGCAAGGAGGAGGAAGUGCGGGAGAGCCGGCUGAGCUACACACCCAAUGUGGGGAAAGACGGAGCUGUGCCCAAAGCUGCUAACAAUGCUGCCACAACCCCCUCUGACCCGACUGUUGCCCCAGGCAAGAGUCAUGAAGAGAUGAGAAAAAUCUUCAUCGAUCGAGCAAAGAAAAUCGACACUGUGUCCCGAGCUGGCUUCCCUCUGGCCUUCCUGUUUUUCAACAUUUUCUACUGGGUUCUGUAUAAAAUCCUACGCCAUGAGGACGUGCACAAGCCCUAGACAGAAAUGUGUGGCAUGUUGCAUCUUGGGAGGUUCGGUAGCAAGCUGCAUUGAGGAACUUGUUGCAACACUUUCUGCCAGGAUUUAUGCUACACACUUAUAAUGACUACAUGACACUGUGAUGUCAAGGACCAAUGGCUACUUAGUUAAUACUUUGAAUACUGUUUGUGUUGUACACCCAUAUGAGGACAAAGCACUCACUAUGCAAUGGAUAGGGCCUCUGAAACACCUGCCAGCCCCAUGUACACCCGAAACAAAAAGUGGUCAGUACUUAAACACGUCUGUUUAAUGCAGGAGCACUGGUUCACAGUCUGAAGCUGUUUACAGCCCUUAGUAAAGGCUUAUGUGUUUUGCACUGGUUUUGUCAUCUCUGUUGUCUUACAGCUUACUGCCAAUGUUUUGUGUUGAAUUUUUGAUAUACAGAUAUUUUAAAAUGCCAAGAACAGAGAUGUAUACACAUUUAAUUUGAUCAGCGUAUCACCCUUUAACAAAAAUAUUUACAAUUUUGUCUGAAUUGUCAGCCAGCUCUAAUACCAGCAUCCAUGCCAAUAAAAAAACAUUCAGAGCUUAGGGGGUGUGUACACCAAAGCUUUUACGCCCGCGGCCGGUGCAUGUUUUUAAUUGAUUCCAAUUGAAACUCUACGUUUUUCAAAUAAGCCGGCGCUCUGCGUUUUUUCCGCGCUCGGCGCUGAGCGUCGAGAGUUGAAAGAGAUUCAACUUUGGGUGAAAAGCUCCGCUCGUCAAUUUCAGUUCUCACACGACCGUCCAAUCACAGUGGAGGAGGGGCGGGACAAGUAUCACAACAACUAACCGGCUCACAGCUCAAGUAUCACAGCUAAAAAGCGCUCGACUGAAAAAACAGCUGGCAUUCGGCGUCCUCCAGUCGAGUUUAAAAGUUUUGGUGUGCACAACCCCUAAAUGUCAAGAACCAGCAGAAAAGACAUCAUUAUAUUUGCAUCCUUUUCACGUUCUAUCAUUUCUACACAGGUUUACAGUUUCAGCUCGAUUUUCUUUUUCUUUCUUUAUACAUUUUCAACUUAAAGGGAUAGUUCGGCCAAAAAUUAUAUUAAACCCAUGAUUUACUCACCCCCAAGCCGUCCGAGAUGCAUAUGUCUAUC